CUCUUUCCCUUUCCGGGUGCGGGUCCCCGGGCGGAGCGGCGGGACGGCGCGGCGGCGGCGUCAACGGGCGGGCGCGGGGCUCGUGUCAUGGCGGAGCUGGCGCAGGGACAGAGCGCGGCUCCCGUAGGGAUCAAACCCGAGGGAUUCGUCGAUGCUUUGCACAGGGUCCGGCAGAUUGCUGCUAAAAUUGGAGAUAUUCCUCACUUGAAUAAUUCUACAACACUCGUGGACCCAUCAGUUUACGGUUAUGGAGUGCAGAAACGGCCCCUUGAUGAUGGAGGUCUCCGUGUAAGUGGGCUCCAUGGAGCACAGAUAAGAGAUACAGAGAGAAUAGGUAACCAGUUAGGGGCCCUGGUACAUCAAAGGGCUGUAAUAACAGAAGAUUUCAAAGUGCCUGAUAAAAUGGUUGGAUUUAUAAUCGGCAGGGGAGGUGAGCAGAUCUCACGGAUUCAGAACGAGUCUGGCUGCAAAAUUCAGAUUGCUCCAGACAGUGGUGGGAUGCCUGAGAGGCCCUGUGUGCUCACCGGGACGCCAGAGAGCAUUGAACAAGCAAAACGGCUACUGGGGCAGAUUGUAGAUCGCUGUCGGAACGGACCUGGUUUUCACAACGAUGUUGAUGGCAACAGUACGAUUCAGGAGAUUUUGAUCCCGGCAUCCAAAGUGGGUCUAGUCAUCGGCAAAGGAGGUGAAACAAUAAAACAGUUGCAGGAGCGAACAGGUGUGAAAAUGAUUAUGAUCCAAGAUGGUCCCAUGCCUACAGGAGCAGACAAACCUCUCCGUAUUACUGGAGAUGCAUUUAAAGUACAGCAAGCAAGGGAAAUGGUACUGGAGAUCAUCCGAGAGAAAGAUCAGGCAGACUUCCGAGGCGUACGCAAUGAUUUCAGUUCUAGAAUGGGAGGAGGCAGCAUAGAGGUCUCUGUGCCCAGGUUUGCUGUUGGAAUUGUGAUAGGAAGAAAUGGAGAAAUGAUCAAAAAGAUUCAGAAUGAUGCUGGAGUUAGGAUUCAAUUUAAACCAGAUGAUGGGAUUAGUCCUGAAAGAGUCGCACAGGUCAUGGGGCUUCCCGAUAGGUGUCAACAUGCAGCACACAUCAUCAGCGAGCUUAUUCUUACAGCACAGGAACGAGAUGGCUUUGGAAGUUUGGCUGUAGCCCGGGGAAGAGGUCGUGGCCGCGGAGACUGGAGUGUUGGAGCACCUGGGGGCAUGCAGGAAAUAACCUACACGGUGCCAGCUGACAAGUGCGGUCUCGUUAUAGGCAAAGGUGGUGAGAACAUCAAGAGCAUAAAUCAACAGUCAGGAGCCCACGUGGAGCUCCAGAGAAACCCACCUCCAAACACAGACCCUGGUGUACGAAUAUUCACAAUCAGAGGAGUUCCCCAGCAAAUUGAACUUGCGAGACAUCUCAUAGAUGAGAAAGUUGGUGGUACCAGCAUGGGUGGACCUGGAGGAUUUGGUCAGAGUCCGUUCAACCAAGCACCCACUACACCUCAUCAAAAUGGUCCUCAGGCGUUCAUGACGCAGGGUUGGGGCAGUACCUACCAGACGUGGCAGCAGCCUGGACAGCAAGUCCCAAGCCAACAGAGCCAGCAGCAGAACAGCCAUCCCGAUUACAGCAAAGCAUGGGAGGAAUAUUACAAAAAACAGAGUCAUGCUGCCAGCGCUGCUUCUCAGGCAAGCUCUCAGCCGGACUACACGAUGGCCUGGGCAGAGUAUUACAGACAGCAGGCUGCCUACUAUGGGCAGACAUUAGGGCAGGCGCAGGCCCACAGCCAGGAGCAGUAGAACAACGUCCUCACGGCCAUCGUCGCGAUUCGGUUUCUCCCUCGGAAUCAUUGCAGAAGCAAAAACCUUUUUUUGUAACAGAGGUUUCUAGAUUUGCAACGUUUUGAUGAAGACUUUUUUCUGUUGGUUUGUGAAACACUAUAGCUGUAGGAUAAUCCGUACUGAACUUUUCUAAGAAUCAGGAGCAAUUAGUAACGUACUAAACUGACGGACAUGCUGGUAAUUUUGUGUCUAAAUUUAUAUGAAACUGCAAAAAAACAAACAAACAACCCAUAAAAACACACACAUAAAACCCCCUCCGGGAUCCCCUUUGGAUGGAGCUGGGGGAGCUGCAGCUCCAGCUGUGCACAUUGGAGCUGUGACAUUUCAACGUGCGGCCGCUGCUCUCCACGUGGGGUUGGUUGGGUGGGAUUUUUUCCUUCCUUUCUUUCUUCCUCUCUUCCUUUCUUUUCUUCCCCCCUCCCCACCUUUUCCAUUUCAUUUUGGAACCUUUUCCUGUUGCAGCACAAAGAGUGGCUUUGGGUGUCUUAAGGAAUGAAUGUGGAACGAAUCCUUAAUUGAAGGGAUGGGAGGGGGGGGGGAAAAGAAGAAGAAAAAAAAAAGGAUUUUAAACAGUAUUUAAAUAUUCUUAAAUAUGUAAAUUCAUUAAAUGUUUUACUUCUCGUCUUCUCGCAUCCUUGAUUCGUGCCGCAUUGCUGUGCUGUAAGGAAGAGCAGUGUAUCCUAAUAAGGACUGUGCUGCCCUGCUGUCACUGCUGGCCUCUCCCAAGGGCUCCAUAGGGAAAUGGGGGUGGCUUUUUGGAGCCUUCUCCUCCCCAUCCCAGAGCUGAGACCUCAGAGCUCCUUUGGUAAAGAAAAAGAGUAAAGAAACAACCCUGUAAGCUUCCUGUAAGCUCAGGCAAACACGGUUACCGCUAAUGCUGAGCUGGAGCCGCUCCUAUGGGCGCCUUUUAGCGGGUGCCAUCAGAGGUAGGAGAAGUAGUUUGUUGGGUUUUGGUUUUUAAACUCCAAGGUGGUUUCGUUUUUAUUUUGGCUUCUUUUUAUGUCGUCAUUGUCGUUCCUUUUAAAUAUUGCCCUAUCUAAUAUUGUCAGGGUUUGAAUAGAGAGAGAAAUGAGUCUCGUCUUUAACCUCCGCGCUGCUCGGUAAUGUCGAUGUAAUCAGAGAGAUGUUAUGAUCCGCGCCGCCGGCCGUAGUGUUCCUUGUACAGAUAACAGUGUAUUUUUUAAAGGAAGAAUGGAAUCGAAGCUAUUUUUUGCCUUUGGAGAGUUCCCUGCGGGACGUUCCCUUCUGCCAUGUACCCCCACGUUGCCGUUCUCGGGUUCUAUCCUUGUUUUAUCCCCCCUAUGCUUGAGAUGUUUUAACUGUAAAGAAGCCGCCGCCGGGUUUAAAAUGGAAAAGAGAAGUUAAAAAAAAAAAAAACACAAGAAAAGAAAAAAAAACCCAACCCCAAAACUGUUCUUAUUUUAUUUUAUUUUUUUUUCCUUUGACUGACAGUUGCAUUUUACACUCUAUAUAAUAAAACCUCCACAAGGGCGGCUUGUGGGCGAAGGA